AUGACAUGUCCUUACAAUGAUCUUGAUUCGGAUAGUAGCACAAAUUCCACCAACGACCCAACGGUAAAGCGGGAUAUAGAAUUGGCUCAGUCGGGUCAGCCGGUGACUCAUGUCGACCCAGGGGCAAUAGAAGGUUCGGAGAUUGGCAGCAACCAACGGGAGUUAGCAAGGGAGACCGUCAGCGAAAACGUGGGUUCUCCGGCGUACCAGGACGCCUUGCCAAACGUCGUACCGCCCUCAGAACCUCGCACACGUCCUAUUAGACAAUGCAGGCUUAAAAAAACUUGUUAUAGAUUAAGU